AUGUCGAUCUAUUACGGCGCUGAGAGCGAUUCGGAUAGCGAUUCGGAUCACGAUACAGUGGUACUGCUAGAACGAUUCUCUCGGCCAUCUCAAUGGUCGAACACAUCGACUACACAGACCUUCCAUCUGUUCCCCAGCCUGCCCGCAGAACUUCGCGCCAGGGUAUGGGCUAUCUCGCUACAGGACCAGAUAGAAUAUAUUGAUAGCACUGAAGCCGACUUCCCCGAUGAAGUCCGCAUCCAUGAGGAGGGAGGAAUCAUCGCACAAAGCAUCCGAGGCUACCCUUCACUCUUCUUCGUCAACCGUGAAGCCCGCUACGAAGCCGCCAAGAUCGACGGAGGCACGUGGUACACACUGGAGGCUGGUGUAGAGAUCUACGCGAGCCUCUCCAAGGAAGAAGUCAUCGUCUUUACUUGCUACCGAGGUCCAAGUCACUUGGACGACUACCAGUAUGAUGGGCGCUUCAAUGUGCGUGACUGUGACGGUCACUGCGUGUGUUGUCGCCCCUGGUAA